AUCCAGUUACUUCGCUCAAAAUCUUUUCCGCUCAAGUUUUAGCUCUUGGUUGAACAGUAAGCAUUUUCAGAGUUUGGGAUAGAAGGUAUGACAGAAAAAUGGAAGCACACGGCUCUCCUUGUAAUUGACAUGCAGAAUGACUUUAUAUUAGAUGAUGGGUUGAUGAGAGUAAAAGGAGGCAAAGCCAUCGUUCCUAAUGUCAUAAAGACUGUUGAAAUCGCCCGGCAGCGUGGAAUUCUCGUCGUAUGGGUUGUUCGUGAACAUGAUUAUUUAGGAAGGGAUGUCGAACUCUUUCGUCAGCAUUUGUACUCUCCGGGGAAAGAGGGUCCAACCACGAAGGGAACUUUAGGUGCAGAACUGGUGGAUGGCCUUGUGAUAAAAGAAGGAGAUUACAAGUUGGUGAAGACUCGUUUUAGUGCAUUCUUUGCGACCCAUCUUCAUUCUUUCCUACAGAGUAAUGGGGUAAAUAGUUUAGUUGUUGUUGGCGUACAAACUCCAAAUUGCAUCCGGCAGACUGUCUUUGACGCCAUAGCACAUAACUACCAACCGGUUACUGUUAUCGUUGAUGCCACAGCUGCUGCAACACCUGAUAUACAUGAUGCCAAUCUGUUUGACAUGAGAAAUAUUGGAGUUGCAAUGCCAACAGUACAGGAGUGGUGCGAAACCGACGUCUGAUCGGUCAAAUGGUUGUCGAAGUGGUAUGUAUGUAUGUAUUCUCCCAUGUCAUUAACCUCGUAGUAUCGGAAUGACCUUAUCGUGUGGAAUAGCAUCUUAUUUCCAUGUUGUAAUAGUAAGGAUGAUUGAGGGUCAGCUGGUUUCAGCCAUCUUAAGCUUCUUUUCAUUGGAAUUGCUCA